UUUCUUCAAAUGUUUAAAUUUAUCAUAUAUUUUACAAGUUUCUUUAAUAGUGUUAUGAUAAAAGCAAGGUUGCAGAUAUUUUAAUAAUAUAAAAGUUGUGUUUUCGGUUAGUGUUGAAAAUGUCUAAGCUUACUUUUAGUACACAAUCAGAGAGCCCAAGGCCUAAAAAUCUUGGUAUAAGUCCACCUAGAUUAAAUAGUAAACUUACUCUCACGACGAACCAUCCACUCAUGACAUUGGGAAGUCCAGAAGAAAACUUUCCAGAUUUAAUACCAAAGACGGCUAAUAAAGUUGGUGAUGAAAAAGAUUUAAGUUUAUCCAGCGUAGAAGAUGAAAGAAUCCAAAAUCAGACUAAUGGAUAUGAAUUCUAUAGCCUACAAAUGAAUACAUCAAAAAACAAUCUUUUCUACUCAGAGAACUUUGUUCCAACUGACAAUAAAAUUCUUAGUGAGUCUUUAAAUGUGAUACAACCAGAUGUUGCCAGAAUUGAAGAUCUGGAUAAGAUUGAGAGAUUAAAAGUUUCAAAAAAUGAUGCACCUCGCAAUAUGUUGACACCUAAAAGUAAUCAAAAAGUGCCAGAUGGAGAAAAUGAUAGUGCCAUAUUUAAAUAUAUUAAAGAAAGGAAUAAAAUAAUAUCUAGUCAAAGCACACCAAAGUGUAAUAGUGGACCAGUAGAUGUAAGUCAACCGGAGAUUUCAGCGGUGGCAGAUUGGUGUGAAUCUCCGUCUAUGUUACGUUCAAUACCAAAUUUUGAAUUGCCUAUUGAGAUGUCAAGUACUAUUGGUAUACAUAAUGACUUGGAUUCCCCUGAUGUCAUAUCAUCAUCAACACAAGAAGACAAGUCUGCGUACCAGGCGUUGCUUGACCCGUACACCGGCUGUGUGGCACUUCGUCAAAGAACUGAUACAAAAGCCAAUUCUAGACCAAUGCGGAGAAAGAUAUUUGUGCCACCAGACGAUGACAGAAUCAGUUCAGAUAGUGUCAGUGCAUGUUCAUUGGAGUCAGAAGAUGAACCACCUGAGCCGGAACCCAUUGCUGUGGACCAAGCUCAAGCGGACAGCGAGAUUGAUGAUGCUAAAAGAUCGAAGUCAACGAACACUGUGAGCGAAUGCAGUGACCCGAUCCCGGAGUACUCCGCGGCCGAGGAGCUGCAGGACGAGCGCUCCUGGCUCACCGUGCAGCAUGGCGGACGAAACUCCACCUGUGAUAUGAAGGUGAUAGAGCCAUACAAACGGGUGUUAUCACACGGUGGGUAUGAAGCGAGCGGCGCUGCCAUCAUCGUAUUCAGUGCCUGUCAUCUGCCGGACACAGCGCGCACUGACUAUCGCUACGUUAUGGAUAAUUUGUUCCUAUACGUUAUAUGGAGCUUAGAACGUUUAGUGACGGAUGAGUAUGUGUUGGUGUAUCUACAUGGCAGUGCGGGACGGAGACGUCUGCCAACAUUCGCAUGGUUACAUGAGUGCUAUAAACUUAUUGAUAGAAGAUUAAGAAAAAGUCUGAAACAUUUGUACCUGGUGCACCCCACAUUCUGGCUGAAGUCAUUCGUAGUUAUAACAAAGCCUUUUGUCAGUUCAAAGUUCUUCCGCAAAUUGAGUUACGUCCGCAACCUGAGUGAGCUGACGGAGCGAGUGCCUGUGGAACCCAAUGCCAUACCGGAUCUCGUGAAGCAGUACGAUGCCACAAGACGAUAGAGUAUAACAACGUACCUCUAUCUAUAGACAAUAGAUAUAUAACCUAUACCUAAUACUGAGUACAAAAGUGAGACAAAUAAACUUUGGGAGGCUUUUGUUGGAGUUAAUUUGUGUCAAGUAAACUAAUGAUGUUUGGAAAAUCGAUUAGACGUCAAAUAUUCAUGAAACAUCUAUAGGCUACUAGCUUUUACCCGCGACUCCGUCUGCGCGGAAUAAAA